GACACUGUCGGAUGCAAGUUUUAUACAUUUGCGGAGCUGUAGUUUCGCAGGCGCGCACCAGAAACGCACCACCGGCUCUGCCGCUCUUUGUCACCGCCGGAUUCAAACUCUCAACAACGCGCCACGCCACCAGCUGAAACACACAAAAAAAAGGGUGUUUUAUAUUCCCAGGAAGCUUUUAAUUCCUCCACACUCCUCUGUGACUGAGAGAUGAAUCAUAAAGCUCUUUUACUGUGGAUUUUCCUACAAUGUGCUUCUGGGCUCUUCUCGUCCUCCACUGAGGAAAACCCGGCUCUCCAAGGUGUAGAUAGUGGUUUGGAAGACCUGAAAACGGACAACAAGGUUCUCGAUGGUCUGAUCAAGUACAACAUGAGGAAGAGUUUAGAUCUGGACCAGGAGGGCUGCUACCUGCACACUGGCGACAAGGAGUGUCUCACAGCCUGUGGCUUCAACGCUACAGCCAAGACUAUCUUCAUCAUCCAUGGCUGGACGGUGAGUGGAAUGUUUGAAAGCUGGAUGCACAAGCUGGUCUCUGCAGUGAUGCAGCGUGAAAACCAAGCCAACGUGGUGGUUGUUGAUUGGAUAUCGCUGGCGCAGCAGCUGUAUCCCGACGCCGUCAACCACACUCACAGCGUUGGCCUUGAUAUCGCCACCAUGCUCGACUGGCUUCAGGACGAGCUGCAGCUGCCUCUGGAGAAUGUGCACCUGAUUGGCUACAGUCUCGGCGCUCAUGUCGCUGGCUACGCAGGGACGUUCGUGCGAGGGACCAUUGGCAGGAUCACUGGCCUGGACCCGGCAGGGCCCAUGUUUGAAGGUGCGGAGGAGCAGAGACGCCUCUCUCCGGAUGACGCAGACUUUGUUGACGUUCUGCACACAUACACUCGAGAGGCCUUGGGCGUCAGCAUCGGAAUCCAGCAGCCGAUCGGAGACAUCGACAUCUACCCCAACGGUGGCGACGUGCAGCCAGGCUGUGCACUGGGUGAUGUGCUGGCAAUGGCAGGAAAUUUCAUGGAAGUGAUGAAGUGUGAGCACGAAAGAGCCGUGCACCUGUUCGUCGACUCCCUGAUGAACAAGGACCACAUGAGCUUCGCUUUCCAGUGCACCGGCCCCGAUCGCUUCAAGAAGGGAAUCUGUCUCAGCUGCCGCAAAAACCGCUGCAACAACAUCGGCUACAAUGCCAGGAAGAUGCGGAAGAGGCGCAACAGCAAAAUGUACCUGAAGACACGUGCUGACACUCCCUUUGGAGGUUACCACUACCAGAUGAAGAUGCAUGUCUUCAACAGGAAGCAGUCGGACAGUGCGGAUCCCACGUUCUACGUGAAGCUGUACGGCGCCCACGACGACACAGAGAAUAUAUUUGUUGACGUCCACGACAACUCUAUCGGUCUGAACCUGACAAACACCUUUUUGGUAUUUACCGAGCAAGAUAUCGGCGAUCUGCUGAAGAUCCGUCUGAGCUGGGAGGGAGAAUCUGACUCUCUGAACUCCAUCUGGAAAAACAUCCGGAAGUCAUUCUGGGCCUGGAACACCAAGCCUCCCAAAGCUGUGCUGGAAGUUCGACGGAUUCGCGUGAAAGCUGGUGAAACACAGAAAAAGUUUACGUUCUGUGCCCAAGACCCUUCAAAGACCGAACUCUCACCAGGGGAUUCCAUCACUUAUGUGAAAUGUCGUGAUGGCUGGGAAGUGAAGCCAAGAAAAAGACUGCCCAUGUAACUCCACUGAUCCAAGAACCAAUGCACCGUCACCAUGGGGGACCCAACGUGGAUUAUGGAGGAGCACCGCCUUCUCUCUUCGAGCACUUUUUCAUAGGAGGAUUGAUCGGCGCACGGUGGAAAGGGGCUUCAGGUCAAGGACUCUGGGACAUUCCCAUUGCUUUCACGAGAGGAGCACUGUGGCUUCUGCCCGGCGUACGAGACGGCUGCGGAGUGGCGCGCUGGCUGGCAGCUGGAGGCAGUCCCGAACGUGUUACGGCCGCCAGUGGAGUUACUGAACGUUCCUUUGUGUGGACUAGUGAAGUAGAAUACCAGAUCUGUGCCAGUGGACACACACCAGCAAUUGUAGUCACUGUACUGUACAUUUUUAAAUAUUUUUAUUUAUGAAAAAAGAAAAAAAUGGAAGCACUGCAAGACCAACGUUAUUUAUCAGAGCACAUCCCAUAAUGAAGCAUGUCUAAUGAGUUUCUUCCAGAUGCAGUAUUUGUAUGUGUGUGAGAGUUGUGCGUGCGGUCGUGAGAGCUGUGUGUCUGUAGUGACCAAGAUGUGUGCCUUUCUGCUGAGAGAUUACUGAUACACUGUAUAACUGAAGGAGAUACCUGAUCUCGUUACAUACAAAUGUCUGAGAUUUUGUGCAUAGCGUUACUGUACGUAUGUUGCUUAUUUUUGGGGUGUGUCUGCAUAUACUGUAAAUACUUUUUUUUUUUUGGGGAGGGAAAAAAAUAAAGU